CAGGGGGGAAAACACAUAAUUGCUUUGUUGGGACAUUUUUUUAAAAGAAAAAACAACUCUUGAAUUAUUAAACUGCGCAUUUAUUUGAAUUUCUUUAAAAAAUACUGUUCAUUUAUUUUUUUGGUAUUUCAUUUGUACAUACUUCUAAUUUAUUAGGUCUGCGUAGAUUAUCAUACAUCCACUCGUUUACAUGAAUGAAUUUAUGCACAAGUACUGAUUAAUUCCAGUCACACCUAUAAAACACCACAAAGUUACACAGCGAAAUAAAUUCCCGUUUCUUCGCUAUUAUAUAAACUGUCCAACUGUUGAGUAGUUUUAAUGUACUUUUAUUGUUGAAAUUCAGCUUGUUCAUAUAAGUGAAACACUAAUUCCAGCGAUAACUUAAAAAAAACGAUCACUAGCACUUCUCGUAUCACAAACAGCAAAAGCUCCUCCUCGGCGAAACGUCGAUGUCGUCAAGAAGGAGGCCUCGUCUCGGGGUGUAAACAGAACCGAAAGCGAAACCCAGAACCCCGUCCGUGCUCACGGCCCGCCGCAGCCGCAAGAACUGCUGAGGCGGGUGUUUUUUUUUUUGUUUUUUUUUUCAAAAGGUCCUGAAAGGUCCAGCGGCGCUCGGAUAACAUUGAUGCUUUGUGUCGAAUGCGAGAGGAGCUAUUUAUGUGUUAUUGUUUUAUUUUGGGGGAGGGGGGGUGGCUUUUGUUUGUUGGGUGGGGGUGUGGAGCAGGGGCAGGUUGAUGAAAACCUCUUAACAAAAAAAUGGUGUUACCUUGACUUAUGAGCCUCCUCACAAAUAAAUACAAUUUUUGUCAGAAACAAGUUAAACAAAAUUAAUGGGAGGUGAGGGGACUUUUCAUUCUUAGGACUAUUAAGAGUGUUGCUACUAUUAAUAAUAUUUUUUUCUGUUCCCCGUCUUUUCAUCGUGACCUUACUCCUCCCACGUACCAAGUUCGGGUUUUGUAAUGCACAUUUUCCUCCUCCUGACUUUGUUUGUCCUGGACCGCCCGGACAGUGUGUCGCGAGGCCGUGAAAAAAACCCGUCAUCAGCCGUAUCUGUUUGUGUGUGAUGCCGAGUGGAAAAUGUCCCGUAAUGGCAAAUGCCUUUCCUAAGGGUGGGUGGGAGCAAAUGUAGGUCUGGCGGGGUUGGACUUAAACAAAGUGUGCCCUUUUUUCUUUAAACGACUCACUGAGACUGGAUCCUAUGUAGGGAUAUUGCGAAAAAAGCUCCAUUUAUCAGAGUGACUGGAUGGUGGACGGCGGCAGGGUUGUACAAGGUGCUAGCGUAGCGAGCGUCUGGAUCGCAAGAGAAUCCACAACAACAUGACUCCGGCCGAGGUGAGGCCACGGGUGACAGGUUUCGUCCUGAGUGUGGCCUCCUGCCUAAUCGUGGGCACCAACCUCCUGGUGGCCGUCGCACUCCUGCGCCUCCUGGCCAAGAGACGUAGCCAGAGCUGGUGCUUCGUCCUCAACCUGGCCUUGGGCGACACCCUGGUGGGUUUGGCCAUCACCGGCCUGGCUGCCGACGACUUCAGCACCGGCGUCACCUCCACGGACAACCGCUACGUCCGUCAAGGUUCCAGAAACUUCACAUCUACAGUUCUGGGAAAGAGCCGUUGUUUGAUGCGGAUGGCCUUUGUGAUGUCGCCCUGCACGGCGUCCAUUUUGUCCAUGUUUGUGAUCUCGCUGGACCGCUACGCGGCCAUCAAGGUUCCCUUGAGGUACUCCAGGCUUUCUGGGAAGGGGACACCAGCCGCGUCACUGGUGGCUCUCUGGGCUUUUUCGGUCAUCGUGGGAUUCUUACCAGCAAUGGUCCGGCAGCUGCAAACGGACGCCUUCGUCAUCUGCCCGACGGGCAUCAUCGUCCUGUUCAGCGUGUGCUUCUUCACCAUCCUCUCCGUGUUCGUCUUCAUCUACAUGGACAUCCUGAAGAUUGCCUGCGGCCACCAACGGCAGAUCUUCCGGAUCAGUCAGGCGGGCUCUCGUACCGCCGACGGCCACUGCCGGCCGACUCUGUAUCCUCGAACGAGGAGCCAGUUCCGGAGCCAUGUCAAGGCCCUUAGGACGGUGGCCUUGCUGGUGGGCUGCUUCCUGACCCUGUGGUGCCCCUUUUUUGUGAGGGAGGUGAGGACGGAGAUUGCCGACAUUUUCGCGUGCCUGGCGGGAAGGGGGUCGGCUCCCGGACCUGUCUUGGAGGUUUGGGACCAUCAGUCGCACGCUCAGACUUGAAGAUGUGGCUGAGUCUGCGUUCUGUUGGCGUUAGCUCCUUCGCCUUUGCCUCGCCCUCCUGGCGGGUUUGAAAAACGGGUGCCACAGCGCCUCCUCCACGGUGAUGCGCCGCUCCACGUCGUACUCCAG